CGUUGUAAUGUUGAUGAGCCCACCCACUUUCUUUGUCAAACUCUCAACUUGACCACCGCCGCCGCCAUGCCAACACACGAGCUCCCAGCAGACCUGAUCGGACAGGCGGGGCUGUACAACGUCGGCGACCCGCUCCUGCGGCGACUCCGCCUCGAGGACCAACACGGCGCGCCGCUCACCGACCUGUCCAAGGCGUUCCACGGGGCCGAAGUGGUGAUCCUGUACGCGGGCAGCGCGCAGGGCUCUAACAACCUGCGCUCGUUCCACCGCGAGCUGUCGGCGCUUGCCCAGCGCGAGCGGUCCACCCGCGUCAUCUAUGUCUCGACCGAUACGGACGCCAAGCUCGCGCUCGCGUCGGCGGCGCAGUACCCGUGGCUCCGCAUGCUUUUCUUCGACGACUCGGACUUUGCGCCCAUGCAGGUCAGCGUCACGACCGACGUGGUCGAGGUCGCGCGUGGGGAGGACUUUGUGCAGGCUAGUGAAAUCGAGGUCGGCGCCGAGACCGUCCCGUACGGCGGGGAAGACUACAUCCGCGACUAUGUCCGCCCGCUCUCGCGCGCCGCAGUCGCCAUGAGCAUGAACGCGUACUCUACGCCGAGCAUCGCGGUGUACCACAUCCCGACCCACCGCUUCAUCGCGCGCAACGUCCGCCCAGGCGCCUUCUCGUCCGACCGUAUCGGCAAGAACUUGCAUACCUGGCGCAACGGGGGCACGCCGGGCCUGCGCGUUGCCGACGUCGCGCGCGCGCUCCGCGUACCCCUCUUCUUCCUCCUCCUCGCGGCGCUGUACCAGCUCGUCGUGCAGUUCGGCGGGGAACAAUACAACGUCCUCCCCGGCCUCAUUGACCAGUUCUCCUGGCGCUCUCGCGAGCUCAAGGGCGAUCAGAUCUAGGCGUGGCACGCGCCAAGCCAAGCACACGCCGCCCCCAUUGUACCCAUCUAUACAGCCUGCGCACCCC